AUCAAUACUAUACAGUACUCAGAAUCUUCUGACAACCUUCGACUUCGAAUAUGAUCGCGUAUAUGGAACUGUGUCAAUAAUGGCGUCUAAUCAUCCAACUCGAAACCGAAAUCCACGACGAUCACUUCAUUCCAUCUACCCUACUCUAUCGUGCUCUAUUUCCAUACUUAUCUAGGCGUAUCGGCUACAGUCGAAAGCCUGUUGAUAUGUUUUCCGAAGUGCGAAUGGUCGCCAAGGGCAUAUCAGAAGUUGUAGACGUACGACGGCAGGAUUUCACCCACUGAACUUGGCGCAACGGAGAUAUCGUAUAACUCAGUCCAAAGUCGUCAUGAUAUUUUGUCUGUCUUCGACCCCUUAUUCAGAACAGUUUCACGGUGCCGACCGGUGACGAGCCGCAUUCUACGUUCGUUCAGGACGCGUCGAAGCCCGCUUCGUCGACUGCAGCUCGAAGUUCAAAUGAUCGUCCUGUCAAUCCUUGUCUUCUGUUCGUUCGAGUGUAAUCCUUGUGCCUGCUCUUAUUUCGUCAGCUCUCCCCUCCAUUUCCAGCGGAAAAUCCACGUUGUAGACAUAUCUCGACCUACGCUGAGUUGACGGUUCCGAAAGGAGCGUCUGGAACGGAGGCCAGGGAAUGCUUUGGCGUAUGAUCAAUCACCUUUUGGCCAUAUAAGCAGGCUCUCCAUCGCUAGCCGCACACUCCGAGGAACGACACUGCGCGGAUCCACGUACGUACGCUCAUUCAAUUCGCCUAUCGUUCAGACAUGCUACCGCCAACCGUACGUACGACCUGGUAUCGUCUCUAAUCCUUGUAAUCGGAGGCGGUCCCGCCGGAUCAUACUCGUCUGCUGCCUUGGCAAGAGAGGGCUUCAAUGUCGUUCUUCUCGAGAUGGCUCAUUUUCCCAGAUAUCACGUCGGUGAAUCUCUUAUUCCUUCCGUGAGACACUACCUCCGCUUCAUCGAUGCAGAAAGCAAAGUCGCCAACUUUGGCUUCGUCCGCAAGCCCGGGUCUGCAAUCAAGUUCAACCAAUAUAUGCAAGAAGGCUAUACCGACUUCGUAGCCUUAGGCGCUUCGAACUCAGCCUGGAACGUGACUCGCGCUCAUUUCGACGACAUACUCCUACGCCACGCUCAGGCAUCUGGCGUGGACGUCUUCGAGGGUGUCCGUAUUACUGCCAUCCAGUUUGUUGAUGGCCGGUUCGAAGGUGACGAACCUAACGCAUUGAAGGAGGACUGGGAAAAGUUGGGAAAGCCAGUCAGUGCCACUUACGUGACGGAUGGCGGUGAAAAGGGCGAGAUUCAGUUUGAUUACUUGGUGGAUGCUAGUGGUAGGGCGGGCGUGAUGAGCACAAAGUAUCUGAAGAAUCGCCGUUACAACGAUUCGCUCAAGAAUGUUGCGAUCUGGGGCUACUGGCGUGGCACGGGCAUGUACGGUCGCGGUACCGAACGGGAGAAUGCGCCCUUCUUCGAGGCUUUGAGUGACGAAAGCGGUUGGGCAUGGUUCAUUCCAUUGCACAACGGUCUGACCUCUGUAGGAAUUGUCAUGGAUCAAAAGCAACUCGGCGUCCGCUCACGAGCGUGCUCGAGUUCGUCUAGAACGCCAAUACCCUUCCCAUCCCUUCCCUCAUUUGCAGCCUUCUCAUCUACUUCAAAUACCGAAGAAUCCGAGCAAACCCAACGGAAGACAUCAUCACUUGCAGAGAGAUACCUUACAUUCCUUCACCUCGCACCCGGCGUACUGGAGCUGAUCGGCGAAGAGGGUAAAUUGGUCGAAGUUCGCGAGGACUAUGAACGUACUGGUCCGUCUGCGUCCGGGUCAUCUGGACCGACCAAGGAGAAAGCGGGACAAACCCAAAGUAAGGAGAUCCCGAUUGCGCGAAGUGCGAGCGAUUUCAGUUACUCUGCGGGAAGGUACGCAGGUAAUGGGUGGAGGGUCAUUGGGGAUGCUGGUGCAUUCAUUGACCCAUUCUUCUCCUCGGGUGUCCAUCUUGCAUGUACCGGCGCCCUUGCUGCCGCUGCCUCCAUCGCUGCCUCCUUGAGGGGUGAUUGCUCGGAACGUGAGGCAGCGGAAUGGUGCCAUCGUCGGAUUGCUAUAAGCUACACCAGGUUCCUUGUCGUUGUCUUGAGUGCAUACAAACAGAUUCGCGCUCAGAGUUCGAACGUGCUCGCCGAUAUUGGCCAUAGGAACUUCGAUAGGGCGUUUGCGUUCUUGAGACCAGUAAUCCAGGGAGGAGCAGAAAUGGGUGCCAAACUUUCUGAAGACGAAGUUCAACGCGCACUUGACUUCUGCGUCAACCUAUUCAGCCCUACGACUCCUGAACAACACGCAGCGGUGCAUGAGAAACUGAAGUCUCUUCGUUCGACACCAGAAGACUCCGUUCAAACUCCUGCGACUCCUCCGCAUGCUACCCAUCGUCCUGUUCGCCCUCCUCCUUUACGUUCACUCUCUACUGCGAUCUCCCAAAGCCGCCGACGGUCUAUUCAAAUCGUGACUUCAGUUUCGGGUGAUGGGAUACGUGAGGAAGAUGAGGAUCUUUCAGCAGAAAGGCUCUUGGAUGUUCGUGCGCCGAUCAUUAGCCCCCAAAGUCUGACGAAGUUCUUGCGGACGACAUUCCGCGCUAGGUCUAAUACCAUGCCUGCACCUUCGUUGCCGCCCUUGUCCUCCCCUCUUCCGUCUCCCGUUGCUACGUCCUUUGAUCCGGGCGUGUACUCUAAGCCAGCCUCGGGAGUGAGGAAGAGUAGGCAGAGGAGUGGGACUGUCUCGACGACGACAAGCAGGACGACAACUACCACGCCUUCCCUAUCGCUCUCUUCUUCGAUUUCGGGGACCACUACAUCGUCAUUGACAUCUUCGGGCCCACCUUCUCCUCUCGGUAUUAUUCCCUCAGAUCUGAAUUUGGAUUCAGACGAUGAGGUGUAUCACUCUUCUCGGGAGACUCCAACAUCUGAUGAUGGCGAGUCGAAAGGGGAAGAAGAUAGCGAGGUGAAGAUGGUUUUGGACAAGGUGAAUGCACGAAGGGUGAUACAUGCCGAGCAUGGGGAAGGUUUGAAUAGUCUUGAGCAAGAGGCUGUUGCUGGGUUUGUGGUGAGACUUGUGAGGGGAAACUUGGGCUUGACUCGUGCUCAAGUUUAGAGUUGGUAUUAUGUGGAGUCAGUGCAGGAGGUGAAGAAUUUUUUUGUGGGGAAGAAGCUGUCAUCGAAGUGGUUUUGGUAUGGUGCACGUGAGGUUCUGAAACUGAGUUGCUCGUACUAGGUUAUAUGCAUUUGUAUGUUGUCUGCAGCUAGUUCUCGUUUCUCAGAUUUCCAAAGCAUCGAAGGUUGUGUGUAUUGUUAUUUGUAAAUAUUGUCUUUAGAUGACAUUGCCUGUAUUUACGCCUCUGUAUCUGAAUUUUAUUGUCACGCGUUGAUCACAAUGUUCACAUCCGGCCCAGUUGUAUGUAACAGUCCACAUGAUUAUU